CGUCGUUUUACUCACGUCGAAGUAGAAAAGUACGAAAGGAGGAGGACAGACGGACGCCACAGAGGUGAAGCACGAAAAGGUCGGGCGUGAACUCAUACGGUCAAAUCCAAUUGAAUCCUCUCCGUCGGUUCCGAUUUGCUCCGCACUGCGCAGAGACAUUGAGACAAACGACGCCGUUUCGCCUCUGUCUAAUGCUCUGAGAGAUGGCCAUCGCUGACCAAAAGUCGUCGUCGUCGUCUUCGUCUUCGUCCGACGGAAAAGUCUGGGGCUUCUUCAAGCGACCGUUUCGGACGUCGAGGAACGCCGCCGUUACGACGUCGUCCUCGUCGUCGCACAACGCUCCCCACCACCAUAGUAACGCCCAGGGCGACGGAUCGAAUCAAAACGCCGCGAAUUCGGUGUCGUCCGUCGCCAGGUCGCUGCUUCCGACUCGCCGUAGACUCAAGCUCGAUCCCAACAAUAAACUCUAUUUUCCCUGUGAACCCGGAAAGCAGGUUAGGAGUGCCAUUAGAAUUAAAAACACCAGCAAGUCCUUUGUAGCAUUCAAGUUCCAAACAACUGCACCGAAAAGUUGUUUCAUGCGUCCUCCAGGAGCUAUUCUUAGUCCAGGCGAGAGUCUUAUAGCAACUGUAUUCAAGUUUGUCGAGGCCCCCGAGAAGAAUGAAAAACUAGUGGAUCAAAAGAGCAGAGUUAAGUUUAAAAUCAUGAGCUUGAAGGUGAAGGGACCAAUGGAAUAUGUACCUGAGCUGUUUGAUGAGCAAAAGGACCAAGUGGCCGUAGAGCAGAUACUACGGGUUGUCUUUCUAGAUCCAGAGCGUUCUACUCCUGCUAUGGAAAAACUGAAGCGCCAGUUGGCUGAUGCCGAUGCUGCGCUGGAGGCACGCAAGAAACCUGCGGAAGAAGCUGGUCCAAAGAUUAUUGGAGAAGGACUUGUCAUAGAUGAAUGGAAGGAGAGGAGGGAAAGAUAUCUCGCCCGGCAGCAAGUUGAUGGCGUGGACUCCCCAUGAGCAUUUGUUUCGGGUGGCUUUUUCUGAUGUGAGUGAGAAGCGAUAGUCUACUUCGGUGUAUCAUUUGUAACCAUCGUUUAUUUGCAUCUUUCGGUAAUGUGAAGGAUGUGGUAUUGAAAAGGGUACAAAAAGGAUGAGGACGGUCCAACGUUAUACAUUGAUGUAAAAAAAGAAGACAAUUUGAAGUGGAGAGUCUCUUGUAAUUUGAGAGUACUCUGAACUUGGCUAAGUUAGUCACAAUGAUGAAUGAUAUGUAUGUAGAUAACGCGAUUUUGUUUCUCUUUCGAGAAUAAAACUCGUCUUAGUUGUGUGAUGUGGCA